AUGAGUGCUUCUUACUUGGCAGCCAUUUUGGCUGCUGGAUUUCUUGCCGUUGUCCAUGCUACAUCCUCACUGGCAGAUGUGUGCACUGUCGCUCACGUCAAAGCAUCUCUGCCCGAUGAUGCUCUACUCGGAAUUAUACUUCAGCAUACGACUGUGACCGCUGCUCCAGUCUACAACUACAAUGACACUGGAUCGCCCUCCUUCCCCGACACCAUUAUCAGCUUUUGCAAUGUGACCUUUGGUUACAGCCACGAAGGGAAAGAUGAUCAAGUUCUGGUUAAUUACCUCCUACCAGCACCAGCAACAUUCGAAAAACGCUAUGUCUCCCAGGGUGGUGGUGCCCUUGACAUCUACUCCGGCGUGGCAUCACUCGCAGGAGGUGUUCAAUACGGCGCCGUGAAUGGCGGAACUGACGGUGGAUUUGGAAGCUUCUCGGCCUCAUUCGAUGAAGUUGCUCUCCUGGCCAACGGAACUGUCAAUCUCGAUAUAGUCAAUUUAUUCGGGUACCAGGCUCACUAUGAGCUGGGUGUCAUUGGAAGGGCAUUUACUCGUCUUUUUUAUGGAAUGUCUGAAAAGGAGAAGCUAUAUUCCUACUUCCAGGCUUGUUCUGAGGGCGGUCGUGAAGCUUUCAGUCAGCUUCAGCGUUACGGUGAUCUUUGGGAUGGCGCCACUGUUGGUGCUCCGGCAUUCCGUUAUUCCUUCCAGCAGGUUCAGCAUCUUUUCUCGAAUGUGGUUGAGAAGACCAUUGGAUAUAAUCCUCCUCCCUGUGAAAUGGCCACGAUCGUCAAUGCUACUAUCAACUACUGUGAUGGGUUGGAUGGUAAAAAUGAUGGGGUUGUGGCCCGAACUGAUCUUUGCAAAUUGAAGUUCAACCUUGAUUCCCUGGUCGGCAAGAGCUACGAGUGCGCCGCCUCAAGGGGUACACCUGUUCAAAAGGGCAAGAUCACGAAGAAGGGAGUUGAGGUUGCGCAGGAAAUCAUCAAUGGCUUGCAUGAUUCCGAGGGCCGCCGAGUCUAUAUCUCUUAUCAGCCAACAGCCGAUUUCCACGAUGCCCAGACGACAUAUAACUCUGGGACUGGUGAAUGGGAUAUCUCAAUUGUCGGACUCGGUGGGGAAUACGUGACUCAGUUGCUCCAGAACCUCAACAUUGAGAAUCUCCCCAGCCUCGAUGAUGUCACCUACGACACACUCAAAUAUUGGAUGAUCGAGGGCAUGCAAAGAUACCAGGACAGCCUUCAAGUCAACUGGCCUGAUUUAACGCCAUUUCACACCAACGGAGGUAAAAUCAUCCACUUCCACGGUGAAUCCGACAGCAGCAUUCCCACAGCAUCCUCAGUUCGCUACUGGGAGUCUGUUCGCAAGACUAUGUAUCCCAACCUAGGCGAUGACGCUAGUACGGCUGCGAUUAAAAAAUGGUAUAAACUUUACCUCGUUCCAGGGGCUGCGCAUUGUGAUUGGAAUACGGAGCAGCCCAAUGGUGGGUGGCCUCAGACUGGCCUUCAGACCAUCAUUGAUUGGGUCGAGAACGAUGUCGAGCCUGUGACACUCAAUGGAACUAUCGGAGGAGGUGAUUAUGUUGGCGAAACUACGAAGAUUUGUGCAUGGCCACUUCGGCCAAUGUGGACUCAUGAUGGGGAGAAACUUGAGUGUGAGUAUGACCAAACUUCUAUCGAUACAUGGUUGUAUGAUUUCGAUGGUGUUCCGGUGCCGGUUUACUAG